GCUGCUUCCAGCUCUUGAUCGCAUCUUGUCAACUUUGUGAAAGACUUCAGCUUAUAGCGAGCGCUGCCGUCAUACUUGAACAGCCUGCUAUUUUGUGUAUUCAACUGCAUUGCUUUGUAGCUGCGAAUGUGUUACGAACGUCACCAAAACACCCGUCACCUUUUCCCACCAUGCCUUCGACAGCAGAGACCGAUGCCGAGGAUGUAAAUGACUUCUUGAAGCGUAUACAGGAACUGGGCAUCAAGCGCGACCAGGAGGAUGAAGAGCGGAACAAAAAACUGGAGGAGGAGAUUCUGCAGGGACGAAAAGAACGGCAAGCCCGUCGGGCUGAACGCGCUAGAUCUAUAUCCCCAAUAAAGGACUCUCCUACCAAUACCCCACCGCCAUAUAAACCUGCCUCCGCUGAAACUCGCACCCAAUCGCCGAAAGCAGCCUUGACUCCAUCCCGAGAACUUCAACGCCCGUCUCAAUUAUCAAAUCGAGAGCAACUGCUCGACGACACCAUGGGCCGCCUAACUGGCGAAGAAUCACCUACGAAAGAUUACGGCCCAUCACCAAUUAGUCGCAGCAGCGAUGUCCCAGACAAGAACGUUGUUCAUACCAUAUCUGUCAGGGCGUCGCCCUCAAGCGCGAUGCCGUCAAGAAGCCCAACUCUUUCGUGGCAGCGUAGGCCAAAUUCACAAUCACCGGUUCGAUCAAGCACGCGACCAUUUUCCAUGAUUGCAGCCGAACCCACGACACGUUCUCCAAUUGAGAAGUCCGAACCUCCGUCGAGGGAUGCCGCACCAAUGGACCGGAACGAAAUAGCACAAUCGCUUGCGGCGAAAGAUCCUACAUGGUUCCGACAAACUUCUGACAGAGGGCAAGGCUCUGCCGCAUAUCGAAAGACGCAAGUCGAGGUUAAGGACGCAGACGAAGCCGUACCAAGCAUCCACCGCGUGGGAUUACCAGGAAUGUCGCGUACUCCGACGAGAGAGUAUAGUGAUAGUUCUAAUGUCAAGGAAACAAAACAAGCGGAUAUCGAUCGAUCAUCUUCACCUUCGAGAGCUAGCUCAUCUACCAAAGACAGUAUAACGCAGAGCAGCGCAUAUAGCUCCACGACCAGUCGGACUGGAUUUGUGUCACCAAUGCCCGCAACCAGUGCACAACGAUUUCCUCAACCAGGAUCAAUAACUGCAUCGGAGGGCAAUAUAGACCAACCAGUUUCUACUCGCAAUCUCGCGAUGUCUCCUUCCCAGGGCCGCAUCUCGCCAGAGAGGAUGGACCGGCCAAUAUCACCCACUAAAGGGAUGGGAGGGUUCGUUCAGAGUGCAAUGAUGAAAAGAUCUGACAGUGUGAAUAAAAGAUGGAGUGUACAGUCACCUGGCGGCUUGACUCGCGGCAACUCUACCGCAAGUAAUCGGAAUAGCGUGGAUCUUUCUUCGAGGACACCACUGGGAAACAUUUUGAAUUCUCCCACGCGAGAAGCACGCCCCAGCAGUUUGAGUCGAGAGAACACUCCAAUAUCUAGGCCAAGUUCUAGCCAUAGCAAUGCUACAGUCGGCCUUGAGGGCGCCCGCCAAGGAAGACCAGGCGCUCAAUGGGGCUCUGAAUCGGAAGUCAUUCUAGACGGGGACUUUGUAAAGCCAGGUAUACCAGCUUCGCAACUUCAAGCGUCAUCGGAUGCACAUUCUGGGAGGCAGGUUGAUCGGCCAGAGAACUCAGCACUCAGUGUGAGCCCUCCUCCAAGCCCUCCCAAGUCCACAGACACGCGCAGAUGGAGCCCCACGAAGUCUAGCUGGCUUGAAAGCGCUUUAAACAAACCAGACUCUCCGAAGCCGAAGCCAGCCCCUCCUCCUCAACAGCCUAGUUGGAUGUCAGAAAUUAGCAAAGCCAAACAAAAGGUUCCAACAGGAGAAACAUCGAAUAAGCCGUUAGGCCACAAACACCAGGUGAGCAUUGGAGGCUUGAUGAGAUCGCCACCAAUGGGAGGAAUUGCGCAACCUUUAAGUGUUGGAGGAUUACCAGCAGGGUUCUCAAGCGGCACUGUUCCAAUAAGCCAGGUAAACAAAGCAUCGGAUGCUACUCCCAAAACAAAGACCGACAACGGUGGCGUGUCAGGCAAGGCAUCGCUUGAAGCUUUAGAAACAGCCACUCCUAAAAAGACCGAAACCAAGCCUACGGCGCCUCUAGCUAUUAAACCCUCAUCGCCGGUCAUUGGUAAAACCAAACCACAAACCCCGCCUAAAAAGGACUUCAUUUUGAAUUCAAAGCCAAAACAGGUGCUUCCACCUGCUCCCAGCAAAGAUGAACCGGAAUUCAAGAAUGUGUUCGGCCAGCUUCGACGCACCAAGACUCAAAAUUAUGUCGCCCCUGAUGAGCUCAAGGACAAUAUACUUCGUGGGAAAGCAGGGCUAAGCUUAACUGGUGGCCCGAAGAAAGCCGAGCGUAGGGACGAAUUUAAGGAUGCUAUCCUGAAAAAGAAGGAGGAUUUCAAGAAAGCACAAUUAGAGGGGACUGGAGUUACGAAGUCCACGACCCCAAUUCAAGCUGAGCUUCCCGAAGCCUUGCGCAAGAAGGCACAGCUAGGGGGCGUCGGUGCUACACAGUCUACACUCCCCCCUGUUCAGACCCAGCUUCCCGAAGCCUUGCUCAAGAAGGCGAAUCUGGGAAGGGUCAACACUGUAGCACCUGGAACCCAAGGCAACACUGUUUCUGGCAAAGGUUUAUCCGACACUCUAUCAAAAAACAACCUACCUUACAAUUCUCCGAAGCCCAAAAUAUCACUAGGGCCUGGUUCUCCUGCGGCAUCCCAAGGAAAGCUUGACGCGGGGGCCAAACUUGCCGGGCGUUUCAACCCAGCCCUGGCUGGCAUGCUGGCCAGGGGCCCGCCUCCAAAGCCAGCAGGGUCAAGCAGAAAAGUGAGCUCUAAUUUGGAAACUGCGAGUCGGUUGGCAUCCAAGGGGCCUGAGAAGCAAGACGGGCCACAGUUGACCCACAUGACUAAGGGCCGUGCAAGAGGACCACGAAGGAAAGCUCCAUCUACAGUCGCUCAAGGAAAGGCACCGGCAGAAGCUGUGACCCCACCGUUGAAGUCGCCUGGGUCGCCGCUUGUUUCUACGUCUCCACUGGCACGGAGAAGCACGGCUCCGUCUUCCUAGGGUGUGAUGGGCUAGUAAGAGGUGGGUAUUAUAGUGCAUUUUAGGGGUGUUGGGGU